GCACUGGCUGGACUGCCUUAAGACCUUCCUCUUGUGUUGUAAAGUCAGAAAGAAAGCAAGGCUUGAACUACUCUGAGCUCUCGCAUCUCCCAUGAAAGACACCAAAUUCACCCAACUUUAAAAACUCAUCCUCAGAACAAACCAACAGAAGACCUGGGCUGUGGUGUCAGUCCUAGAGUGUGUGGUGUCCUGGUCUCCACCUCAGUCUCACCAGGGGAGUGUGUGCAGGUGAAGAUGAGCAGUGGAAUUCUCUUCUUGUUCCUCCUUGGCUUCCUCCCGCUCGUGAUACCCGCGUGCCCUGUGCGAUGCAAGUGUGCCACCAACAUUAUCGACUGCACGUCGAAAGACCUAACUGUAGCAAAACUGCCAGCUGCUUUCCGCCCUUCGGCUGAAAUUAUCCACCUUGCUUACAACAGGCUCACCUAUAUUCCCAGUGGGCUCUUUGACAACCUAAGGAGCCUCCAGGUAGUCUAUCUGCAGGGCAACCCUUGGGAAUGCAACUGUGACAUCCUCUACUUGCGCUCCUGGCUCCAGUGGCAGCAGAACCGGACCAUAUACAGGGAUGUGAGGUGCGCCUCCCCAGCUCGCAUGCAGGACCGGAUCAUUGCCUAUCUGACAGAAGACGAGAUCAUCUCCACAUGCCAGUACUGGUACUGCAGCCUGGCUCUCCUCUCUCAGCUCAGUCUCUUCAUCCUCCUUGUCCUCCAGGGCAUCUUGGUUAUCUUCAUCAUUGUGUACCUGCGGAAAUUUCGGAGAAUGACUGCUGAAGCCUGGAGCACCUCCCAAGAUCUACACCAGAACGUAGACACCUGGGUAUCUCCUUCAAGAAGUCCCUACAACAGUGAUUAACACCACAAGACUGAGGACUCUCCUCCCUCUUGGA